CAGAAAACGCGGAGAAGCGGAUUAGAGCUGGUCCGGGCGCCAUCUCACACCUGCGCAUGCGCCAUUUCGGCCCCCCGGGCAAAGGUUACCUGAGUCCGCGGCAGCGGCUAGGCGUCAGGUUCGGGAUCCAGGGUCCGCUGGCUGUGGCAGCGUCCUAGGAAGUCGCAGCGUCGUGGCCAGGUGCCCGGAUGCCAAAGGACUAUGAGCUUUCAGAAAUUCUGGAGAGACUACAAAGUUCUGGUUGUUAUGGUGCCCUUAAUUGGGCUCAUACAUAUAGCGUGGCACAGAAUCAAAAGCAGCCCUGUUUUCCAAAUACCUACUAAGGAGAACAUUCAUGAGCCAGGCAGUCUAGCACUUGCAAGUCCACCAAACAACCAAAUGCAAGGAAAAUAGAAAGUUUGCAGUCAUCAGACAGAAGCAGCUUUGAAUCUGAGCUUGAUAUUAAAAGAAGAAAUGAAAACCAGUUGGAUUAGAAAGAACUGGCUUCUUGUAGCUGGGGUGGCUUUCAUAGGUGUCCAUUUGGGAACAUACAUCAUACAGAGGGCUGCAAAACAGUCUGUGAAAUCUCAGGCAGGAAGCAAACAAAAGCAUAUUGAAGAAUGAAGUAAAAUAAAUACUUGGAAUUACCAGUAUGUUAGUAAGUCAUUAUGUGUUGAUUAGCUUCAGAAACACUGCACCGUGUAAUUUCAUAGCCACAACACUGUAUUCGCACCUUCAUUUCUGAAGAAUAUUUUUUAAAAUAUUUUUUAGAACACAUGGCCAUAAGUAGAAAAUAUGGUUAACAAAAUAAAAGCUGGCUUCACAAGUCCCACCCCAGUAUGUUGUCUCGAUUAGAAGCUAAGAAGCCAUCACUGUGUUACAGUGAACCACUCACAACUGAGAAAGUCAGGGCCACACUUUCUGUCUUGAAAGGCAUCCUAACAUCCUGCUAUGGCCCUUCCGGGCGGCUGAAACAGCUGCACAACGGCAUGGGGGGCGCUGUGUGCACAACCUCCCAGUCUGCAGUGCUGCUCCGCAACCUCUCAGUCACCCAUCCCAUAUUAAAGAUCCUGACAACAUCCGUGCAGAACCAUGUGUCCUGCUUCAGUGACUGUGGGUUAUUCACAGCCAUUCUUUGCUGCAACCUAAUUGAAAAUGUUCAGAAAACAGAUUUGACAGUCACCACCACCAUUAAACUUAAUACACACCUUUUGAAUUUCUGUACCAAUUAUCUCAGGUCUGAGGUCUGUGGUUGCCGAAUCCCAGUCGAUUUUAGUAAUACCCCGAUCCUCCUUUGUUUGGUGCGCAGUAUUUUAACAAGUAAACCUGCCUGUAUGCUCACCAGGAAGGAAAUAGAUCAUAUCAGUGUUUUGAUUCUUAGAGCUUUUUUGCUUACAAUUCCAGAAAACACAGAAGAUCCCAUCAUUUUAGGAAAGAGUAUAAUUGUACCUUUAAAGGGUCAAAGAGUUACAGAUUCUACUGUGUUACCCGGAGUACUCAUUGAAGUGUCAGAAGUUCAAUUAAUGAAGAUAUUACUUGUCCGAAAAUCAAGUCCCCUCAAGGUGGUGCUCUUUUCUACAUCUUUAUCCGGAGACUUUUCUGACCCUGGAGAAGGAAAUGUGGUGGUCAGUGAUGGGGUGUUUCUUGAAAAUGCAGUCCUGGACCAGUUGAUUAACCUAGGAAGGCAGUUAGUUAGUGACCGUGUGGAACUUGUCCUAUGCCAAAAAGUUAUACACCCGUCUUUGAAACAGUUCCUUACUACGCAUCAAGUUAUUGCCAUAGACAGAGUGGGAGUGAUGCUGAUGGAGCCCCUAAGCAAAGUGACAGGAGCACAGCCUAUUGGUUCCCUAGGCUCAAUAUCUCCUGGUAGUUAUGGAAGCGUGAAAGACUGGUGCUCUGCUAAAUUUGGCUGCAAACAUUUUUUUCAUCUUAUUCCUAAUGAAGCGACUGUCAGCAGCUUGCUUCUCUGCAACAGAAGUGACACUGCCUGGGAUGAGCUGAAGCUCACAUGUCAAACAGCACUGCAUGUCUUGCAAUUAAUAAUCAAGGAGCCAUGGGUUUUGUUGGGAGGUGGCUGCACUGAAACUCAUUUGGCUGCAUAUAUCAGACACAAGACUUAUGAGGAGCCAGGAAGUAUUCUCCAAGAUGAUGGAUGUACUCAAGCAGAACUUCAACUAAUUGCUGAAGCUUUUUGCAGUGCUCUAGAGUCUCUCGCUGGCUCUUUGGAACAUGAUGGAGGUGAAAUUCUGAUUGACAUGAAGUAUGGACACUUUUGGUCAAUUCAGGCAGGUCCUUCCUCUGUUGUUAACUGGACAGAUUUGCUUUCUAGAUGUGGCUGUGGAGUAUACAGUAGCCAGGAAGAACUUGGCUGGUCUUUCUUAAGAAGCACGUGUCAUCCUUUUGUACCCCAGACCUGCCUUCCACAUGAAUCUUGGGAAGUCAGCCCACAAUCAGCCCACAGCCUGACCCUGGACUGUUUGACUGCUAAGCUCAGUGGCCUACAGGUGGCUGUAGAGACAGCAAAUUUGAUAUUAGAUCUUGCCUAUGUCAUUGAAGAUAAAAGCUGAUAUAAGAGAAUAGCAUGCUUAUAUUAUGAAGAGACUAGUCAGAUUCAAUUCAGAAAAAUAGUAUAUAUUCCUCUCCCAAAGCCCUGUUCUACAUAUACGGACAGGUGAUUCAUAAAGCUAUAGAAAACUUAUUUAAGUGAAGAUAUAAGAAUUAAAUAGAAAUGCCAAAGAAUAAUAAAAAUUUGCACCAUUGUUUCUUAAGAUAUCAUUACCUUAGGGAUUUCAUCAUACUGCUUUAUUCUGUUCUUAAUUUUGUUAUCAUUUGACAUCAUUCUAAGAAGAUACAGAAAUUUAAAAUUUUUCCUAAUCCAUGCUGUAGUUUGGAUAAGCUUAUUAUAGACAUUUUCUAGAUUUAAAGUAUAAAAUUAGAUUCCAAAGUAUCACAAGGUAUCCAGUGCAUGUUGCUCAAUUAAAAGAAGUGUCCCGGCUAUAUGGUUGGUGAAAUCUCACUUGUUCAGUGCCCUUUACCUCAGACUAUAUUAGUUGAUGGUUUAGUAACUGAUGUAGAACCUGUUUUGCCUGCAAUUCUUGGUUUUUAUCAGUUCCACCUUGUUGUUAUUUAGAGGAAAUGUGUGAUUAGGGGAAAAAUCAAUUAAUAUAAUAACUAAGACUGAAACAACUUUCUAAUGUCAUCAUAUUUAAGGUGGGAGGAGUGAUUUGUUUUCAGGCCAGAGUUUUUCAACCUUGGCACUGUUUACAUUUUCAACCAGAUAAUUCUUUAUUGUGCAGGGGUCAUCCUAUUUACUUUAGGAUGUUUAGCAUUGCCUCAGACCUCCACCCACUAUAUGCCAGUAGCACACUCAAAUUAUAAACCAAAUAUAUCUGCAGAUAUUAGCUAAUGUCUUCUGAGAAACAAAAGUGUCUGAGAGCCAGUAUUCUGGCCGGGGAUUUAGCUCAGUGGUGCCACGCCUUCUUCGCAAACACAAGGUCCAGAGUUCUAUCCCUGGUACCAAAAGAAGAAAAGAGAACCAACAUUCUAGUCUGAUGUAAAAGGAAGGAAAAUAGAGUUUUCUGCCAGAACUUCAGAAAGCAGCAUAGAGAAAGGAAGUGGAAAGUAUUCCUUUAGUUCUGUCAAGAGUGCAAAAAAGUACUAAAAUAACUUCCAUAUUCAAAGUAGAAACUCUGAUAUUUCAAGAAUGUAAUUGAAUUUUAUGCAAAUGCCAAAUUGAAGAAAAAUAUAGAAUACAGUUAGAGCAGUAAGUAUGCGCUUAACAGGUGUUAAACAUUAGAAAAACAUUUUGAAAAUCUUUGGAAAAUUAAACAAUCCAAAAUUCAAUGAUCAAAUCUAUAGCCAUGAUUAAAAGAAAUAGAAUUUUAACUAAUUUCUUCCAAUAGUCUUGUAAUCGACAAUAAUUUUUACUCUGAGCCAAAGAAAAUUGCAAUACAAACUCUCAGCAAUGCCAUAUGUAUAAAAAAAUCAGCUAUACCUCAAGUUUCAUAAACUAGUUCCUUAAAGUUGUACUCCUUUGGUUAUUAGAAUCAAAUGGAAGGACAGUGUUGUGGGCAGCCUCUAAAGUGCCCCCUUGGGUUCCUGCCUCCUUGUUUUCAGGUUAGACUUAAUAACAUCUUUGUGUCUCUUAUUCCCUCCUAGGAAUAGGAAUAGGAAUGUCUAUGGCAAUUGUCUAUGGAAUGUCUAUGAAUAGGAAUGUCUAUGCAAUUUUUCUAUAUCCAUCAUUUUAUAUUGGGAUCUAGCAUCAGAAAUGACAUCCCAUCACUUUUAGUGUAUCCUUUAUUAGAAGCUGGUCAGUAGGCCACCUAGACCCAAAGGGUGGACCACUAGGAGGUGGGAUCAUUGGGAGCUGUCUUAAAAUCUGCCUCUUAGGUACAAAAUACAUUUAUUCUCUCCCCAAGUCCCCUAAAGUCUCACUGAAUUACAGCAUCAGCUCAAAGUACAGAAUCUCUUUACUGAAAUAAGAUAAGGAUGGCAGAGGCUCCUCAAGAUGCAGUUCUUUAAAUACAGUUCCAGGAGCUCAGUUCUUUUCCAUCUGUGGACCCUUGAAGCUAAAGAGAGAAGUCAUCUGUUAAAAUAUUGGCUUCUCUCUUGACCUCUCACUCUCUCUCUGAUAGGGGCGAGUUGCCAUAUUGCUCACAAACCAAGGAUUGAGUAAGGCUUCCUACCAACAUCCCACAAGGAACUGCAAAAACUGUAAGAGUGAAUUUGGAAGCAGAUCCUCCCUACUGGGAACUUGAGAUGAAAGUAGCCCCUGCCAUUGCAGCCACGUAAGAGACCCUGAAGCAGAGGAUCUAGCUAAGCCAUUCCUAGGUUGAUUCCUGACCCACAAAAUCUGCAAGGUACUAAAUUUUGUUUUAAAUCAAAGUUUUGGGUGCACAGUACUUUGUUAUAUAGCAGUGGAUAGACAAUAAAGGCAGGCAGAAAAACUUAUAUAUAAGUUUCUGAUGGUUAAUCUUGAUUGUUAUUAUAAUUAGCUUGAGAGAAAUUGAGGCAUUUAAUGAAGUACACUUCUGAGUGUGUCUGGGUGUGCCAUGGAGGUGUGACCUUGAGGACUAUAUCUAGUCCUUGGCUACCCUAUUCCCUCCUCUCUGCUUCCUGGAUGCCAUGAGGUGAGCUGCUUUCAUCUGCCAUGCCCUUCCAUCAUGAUGUUUCUGGUUGGAGACAGCUGACUGUGAACUGAAGCCUCUGAAACCAUGAGCCAAAAUAAACCUAUCCUUUAAAUUGUGGGUGUUGGAUAUUGUGUUCCAGCAACAGAGAGCUGACCCAUACAUAAAUAUUUACGGAAAAUUUGGUCACAUAGAUGGAAAAAAACAUUCUUGAUAUGCCUUUGCAUUGUCACCAUCAACCCAAACAUAAAGUUUCUUUGUCACAAGUGUCUGUAACAGGGGUUCUAUAGUCACUAAAGAAAUUGUGUCACAUAGAAAUAUAGGAAUUGCACUGGUUCUGUUUUGUCCAGUACUGCAUUUCCAAGUUACUCCAAUUGACCUUACAGUGUAGGGGUCUUCACUUUUCCUGAUAGUUGCUUUAGUUCUGUCAUUUUUAGCUUUGCCAUAAAAUUCCAGGUGAGACAGUACUUAUUUUGAACAGGUAAUAAAUUUCUUUCAGUAUUCUAAAAAA